AUGGGUGCAACCGAGGUGCUAAGCCAAACGAACGUGGCCAAGUUGGAAUCAUCAUACCAGGCCCUCCCAUCUUCAUCAAUUGCAUUACAGUUUCUCCACGGUCUGGAAGGAAUCUCGGCCACACCAUGGCCUUGGCCCAUGUCGACUUUCCAAGACGAAGGAUGGUUGGUGGACAGCAGGAGAGGAAAAACCAUUUGGAUCAGGCCACGACGCGAGGAUCAAUGGAUAUGGCUCGACCCGGGUUUUGGAGAAGCUACAAGGGGGGCCCAUCAGAGCAGGUUAGAAUGGAGGGGAAAGAAUAAAGAAAAAUGA